CAAUUUCCAAUUCUAUUCUAAAUUAUCAUCUUUAUUUUUUAUAAUCCCAUUUUCUUUUUUUCAAAACUCACAAAACCAAAUCAUCUCACUUCACCAACAACAUGGAAGCCAACAGCCGUAUUUCCCGAAUUUCCGCUCACCUCAAUCCUUCAAAUCCACAGAUGGCUCCGAUGCUAAGUGCGGCAGAGUGCAGAGCAAAAGGCGGCGCCCCGGGCUUCAAAGUGGCGAUUUUGGGCGCCGCCGGAGGCAUUGGGCAGCCCCUCUCCAUGCUAAUGAAGAUGAACCCCUUAGUCUCAGUCUUGCAUCUAUACGACGUCGUCAACGCCCCCGGCGUCACCGCUGAUAUCAGCCACAUGGACACCGGUGCAGUUGUGAGAGGGUUUCUGGGGCAGGGGCAGCUGGAGAGCGCGCUGGAAGGGAUGGAUCUUGUCAUCAUACCUGCUGGUGUUCCGAGGAAGCCCGGGAUGACUAGAGAUGACCUCUUCAAUAUCAAUGCCGGCAUUGUCAGGACGCUCUGUCAAGGGAUUGUCAAGAGCUGCCCUAACGCCCUUGUUAACUUGAUCAGCAAUCCGGUGAACUCCACCGUGCCUAUUGCCGCUGAGGUCUUCAAGAAUGCUGGCAUCUAUGAUCCUAAGAAGCUCUUGGGAGUCACCAUGCUUGAUGUUGUUCGAGCCAACACCUUCGUGGCUGAAGUUUUGGGGCUUGAUCCUAGAGAAGUUAGUGUUCCUGUUGUUGGUGGGCAUGCAGGGGUCACAAUUCUGCCCCUUCUCUCACAGGUGAAACCUCCUUGCUCUUUCACACCAGAGGAAACGGAGUACUUAACAAAGCGUAUUCAAGAUGGUGGGACUGAAGUAGUUCAGGCAAAAGCGGGUGCAGGCUCGGCUACUCUGUCAAUGGCAUAUGCAGCAGUGAAAUUUGCAGAUGCAUGCCUUCGAGGCCUAAGAGGAGAUGCUGGCAUUGUUGAGUGUGCUUUUGUGGCUUCACAGGUUACAGACCUCCCGUUCUUUGCAACUAAGGUGCGACUUGGGCGUGGAGGAGCGGAAGAGGUGUACCAGCUAGGACCUCUGAAUGAGUAUGAGAGGGUUGGAUUGGAGAAAGCAAAGAAAGAACUGGCAGUAAGCAUUCAGAAGGGAGUUUCAUUCAUCAAAAAAUGAAAAUGGAGAUAAUCAACCCUAUGAUAUUAAUAUAAUAGCAUAUCAAGAAUCCCUUCUUAAAGAUGUUUUUACUUUUUAUAUCUGUUGCCUGAUAAAGUCUUUAAGAUGUUUCCAUGUGCA